AUGGUGCUUUUUUCUCCAGCUAAUCAUUAUUACAUUUGGAGAAAACUUUGGUUGAAAUUAGCUAUAGCUGAAAAAGAGUUAGCAUUACUGAAAUCCACUCAUAAAAUAGCUACAGAUAUUAGGCUGUUGGAAAAUCUCAAAGAGAUAGAAGAACCAUUCGAGAAGGAUCAAAUAGGUAGUUCUGCUAUGGCAUAUAAAAGAAAUCCUAUGCAAUGUGAAAGGGUUUGUAGUCUGGCUAGACAUCUGAUGACACUCAAUAACAAUGCCUUGAUGACCAAUAGUGUACAAUGGUUAGAAAGAACUUUAGAUGAUAGACAUAUAUUGGAAGGACUUGUAGUCUAUCCUAAAGUUAUAGAACAUCAUAUAGCACAUGAAUUGCCUUUUAUGGCAACAGAGAAUAUUAUAAUGACAAUGACAUGUCAUGAAGAGAUUAGAGUCUUAAGUCAUCAAGCUGCAAAAAAAGUCAAGGAUGAUGGUGAAGAAAAUGAUUUAAUUGAGAGAAUUAAAAAGACUGAAUAUUUUAAACCAAUUUGGGAUGAGCUUGAAUCAUUGCUGGAUUCGAAAACAUUUAUUGGACGUGCACCACAACAAGUUGAUAGAUUUUUAAAAGAAUAUGUACAGCCAUCUCUUAAACCUUAUUCGGAAAUUUUAACUAAUGCCAAACAAGCAAUUUUAAAUGUUUAA